AUGAAUUAUGGAAGUCCCUACAGAUCCGAUUACAUUAUUGUCGGUGGUGGUCUUACCGGCUGUGCGCUUGCAAGUCGCCUCGCAGAGCGUCUAGGUCCGUCUUCAUCCAUCCUUAUUCUCGAAGCUGGUGUAGAUCCUACAUCAAACCCAAACUCGACGAGUCUAGGAGGAGGGUUCGCACUUCCCGGGUCUGAACUCGACUGGGCUUAUAAGACAGCACCUAAUCCUGCUCUUGGGAACCGUGUUAUUACGCUUGUUGCAGGAAAAACGCUAGGUGGUGGAAGCGUGCUAAAUUAUAGCGGGUGGGCUCGUGGUGACAAAAGGGAUUACGAUGCUGGGGCUCGCAUUGUAGAUGAUGAUCGCUGGAGUUACAACGGUAUGUUGCCGUAUUUCCAGAGGAGCGAGUCUGUUCAUGAUGCAGCAGCAAACCCGGAUCAAUAUGGUUCCCAUGGUCCCAUGAAGGUGACUAGCAUUAGUGCAAGUGAUCCGAAAAGAAAAUAUCCGCUGCGUGAACCUAUUCUGAAAGCUUGGGCCGAAAUUGGCGUGGAGCAUAUUCCAACAAACACUGGCAAACUUGAUGGCUUAUCAGAAUUCCUGGAAAUUUUCGACGACAGUGUUCGCCAGCCGUCUCAUUUGGCCUUCGACCUAUCUGGUGUUCGUAUCAUUACUGAAACUAUUGUACAUCGCAUAUUAUCCGAACAGACUCCGGACCAAAAGCCACGAGCCACAACUGUCGUGCUUGCGGAUGGUCGUAAAAUUAAAGUUCGUAAAGAGAUCAUAAUCUCUGCCGGUGCCGUAGGCUCGCCACGGUUGCCACAGCUUUCCGGAGUGGGACCAGCUUCAGUGCUUGAUCGCUAUUCUAUUCCAGUUAUUUUUGACUUGCCAGCUGUUGGUCAAAACCUCUUUGAGCAUUUUGCAUUCUUCCAAAUCUUUAAGCUGCGCAAUCCGGAGCGUGGACUUUCCCUUGGACAUCCCAGUCUUUCGGAUCCGGCUUUUUUCAAUGGAAUGCUCACGCUGCCAACAUCUCGAGGUUCGCUUGAACUGGCGUCCGCUUCACCCAAUGUCCCUCCUGUAAUUGCAGGGAAUUACUUUUCUACGGCAACAGAUCAUGCGGUAUUAGUCUAUGGAGCUCGUCGACUACUACAAUGUCUUACUAGCACUGAAAUUGGUAAAGAGUUUGUAGAAACUGAGGUUGGUCCUGCUCCAGGACUAGAACCCUUGACCGUGGAAAGUAGCGAUAAGGAUAUUGAAGACCGGAUUCGUAUCGUUGGAAAUCCACAUUUCCAUAUUGCUGGAACUUGUGCAAUUGAAAAGGUGCUGGAUACCAAUUUACGCGUGAAGGGCGUUCAAGGCUAA